AUGCACGGGAGCCGACGUGGCCGAGGAGGUGGCCACGGUGGUGCUGGACGCGGUGCAAAUAAGGACGACGACUCUAACGAUCAACAAGGAAGUACCGAUUGGGGUUUCGGUGCAAUAUCUAAUGGAGGUGCGCAGAAGAACCAAAAUGAACAACAACAACAACAACAACAACAACAACAACAACAACAACAACAACAACAACAACAACAACAACAACAACAACAACCCGAAGGGCAACGGCAGUGCGGAGAAGAAGGAGCACUCCGCGGGCCAAUUCUUCCAUGA